AUGGAGGACGACGAUGUUAUGGCAUCCCCGGCGCGGGAACAAGACAAAGGUGCUGUUAUCGAAUCGACACAUUCGCAGUCGCGGUCGCCGUCUCCAUUACCGUCCGGUCUCCUUGACGCUGCAUUCAUCACUACGUCGACUCCUGACCAUGACAACAACUCGCGGAAAUUCUCUCGAUCACCACAUCCAUACCACCGCAUCAGCUCCAGACUGUCCGAGCGUCCCCGCGAAUAUUUAGAUAGAGCUUCGAGCGGGACACGGGACGGUCGUCCACAGCGGACAGCAUGGACGCGAACUUCGGCGCGAACAUCUAGCGACAGCGGUACAGAAGCAGACGAUGAGAGCACUGGAUUGCUGAAGGGCUUACCAGCACCCCCGGCGAGAUCGCGGAAAGGCUUGUGGAAUGGGACCGGUCGUGACGAUCCUGCUCUAUGGCUACAAGAUGACCGUCUUGCCUGGUCGUUGUUUGUUCGGUCGCCGUCGAAAGCGUCGAAAAGAAGCUCGAGUGAAGAUUCUAUUCGCACCACCCAGGCUUCUGCGCGAGGUGUCGUUGCGUUACGGAAACGCAAUGAGAUUCUCCGCAGGGUGACUGAAACUACACUUCUGUUUUCUGUUGGGGCGAUUGUACUGCUCUGCGAGGAUGUGCGUACGUAUACGUGCUUAUGGCGUCCAGAAAUUUAUACCCAUAUCUGUCUUAUUGUUACGCUUUAUGCUCUUUACCCACUUCGCAUAUCAUUUUGGCGUCGGAAACCACGCGUGACAUUCUCAUUUUCUAUACCCUCUACCUUCGAUCCAGCACCAUUAUUAUACCCCGUUUUAAUACCUGUAUUUGUGGCAUUGUCGGCAAGGCUGCACAGCCCUGCCUUACUCCUACCGAACAUACUCCUCAGUCUCUCGUCGAUACCACCCCAAGUUAUUCCUUUUCAUAGAUUUCAUCACGGUCUCAGCAUAUCUCAUUGGAUUGUCGCUUGCAUCCCAGUUCUUCUCUCGGAACAUGAUAUUUUGGAUUGGACUAAGUCUACGCCAUUGUCUUUGCGCGGUUUGAAUUCGGAGUCUCUUCUUUUGAUAUACCCUCUACAUCAAGCAUUGAUACCCACUCUCAACUUUCUUCUUACGACUAGUCUCCUCCCAGCGGAACUUCAUUUGCUGGGAACUGCAUUAAUUAACUUGUUUUUAUUCGCCGAAUCGCCGCAAGCCGAGGUUCUGAAAGCAUUGUUAUGGCUUGGUGGCCUGAGCGUUUGGAUUCUCUGUCGCACUGUUCUCAGGUGGGAAAUCACCCUGGCCAGGAUUCCAUCGUGGAAAUUUCGCCGGCCGCCUAAUAGUUCUUUGUCACCAAAAAAGUUGAUCAAUUUCCUCGACCAUAAAAUCUGUGAGAAGAUUGGUGGGCUAGGCAUGAAUAGUGAAGAUCCGGAUACGGACAGUGACGAUGGCGAUAGUGGCGCUUUAAAACGGCAGAGAAGCCUUCCCUGGCAGGAUGCCUUUUUCAGUCGUCGCGAUAUUUCGUCUGCCACAGAGGGAAUCAAACUUGACGAUCUCUGGCCGGCAUCAUGGGCAAGCACAAAGCAACUCCUCGUUUCACAUAAGCGACGACACACGAUAUCAUCCGUGGAGAACCUUGAUGCUGAAACAAUCAAGCCUAAGCGUCCUCGCAUGACACCGGGCGGGCGUCGCAAGCGGUCGAUGGCGCCUGAUUUGGCUUCCUUUCUUUCAUUGACUGCGGCACAGGCGCGCAUUCGAAGGUGGUUAUAUUCUGGGUAUAUAUUCAUGGCUGUGGUAUUCAUUAUCCUUGUUCCAAUCCGCAAAUACAUUGCGGACAAAGCACUGCACGGAGUUGAUCCGUUCGGCUGGGCCUUGGGAUAUUUGUUCGGCAAUAUAUCUGCUUUCCGAUUCUGGACGGUGAUGUGGAAUCUCGAAUAUUGGAUACAGCUCCCUCCUCGACAUGUCCUCGACGAACAUUACUGUCAUUCAGGUUGGGUUGAACAUCUUCGUCACGACACAUUUGGAGAAGCCACGACGCGUCUUUUGAUUAGUGGCUAUUGCUUCCUAGUCCUCCUGGUGGGUAUGGCGAUCGUUCUGCAACUCAGCAAAAUCGCCGAGGUGGACACGCGGCGCAAAGUCUUCCACGGGAUGAUGGUGUUGAUGUUCCUCCCCGUCACAUACAUUGACCCGACCUAUUCAGCACUAGCUUUGUCGCUGGUCCUCGUUGUCUUCUUACUGCUGGACCUGUUCCGUGCCGCACAGGUGCCCCCAAUUGCCAAACCGCUCACAUACUUCCUCGCGCCAUACACAGACGGGCGCGACCAUCGCGGCCCUGUCAUCGUAUCGCAUAUCUUCCUCCUCAUCGGCUGUGCCAUUCCCCUCUGGCUCUCCCUCGCCGACACGCCUCGUACCGGCAUCGGUCCAUGGGCAGGCUGGGACGUUGCGUCUCGGGACGUGAGUAUGGUUAGCGGGAUCAUCUGCGUGGGGAUGGGCGACGCGGCCGCGUCUCUCGUUGGGCGACGAUUCGGCCGGCUGAAAUGGUUCUGGGGAGGCGGCAAGUCGCUCGAGGGUAGUCUGGCGUUCACAAUGGCCGUGUUUGUCGGGCUAAUGACUGCGCGGAUUUGGCUGGUGAUCGGUGGCUGGCAGGCCGACAGCAGUAACACCUUGUCGACUUGGCUUCUCGUGUGUGUGAAGUGCCUCCUGGCUGCUGGCGGCGCCAGUCUCACCGAGGCCGUGCUUACUGGCGGCAAUGACAAUGUGAUUGUGCCUGUAGUGCUCUGGCUUUUAGCUCGAGGGCUAUCGAUUUAG